AGCUAUUAGUCAGUACUUGGAGUAACUACUAGCUACGGUGGUUCUCAGGGGGUGGAGGAAUCCAUUGCCCAGCAUUGUCCACCUCCAGGCUCUUGGUUAGGAUCCAUUGCUUACCACUGUUUCUUGACUGCAAGGUGCCAUUGUUUUACCACUGUUGACGUCUAUUGUGACCUUUGUUUACCGCUCUCUUGACCACUGCUUACCACUGUCAUACUCUGCCCGGGCAACUCAACCACUCUCUCACCGGAACUAUGACACACAAAUGCAUAAAAGUGCCCGCGCUGAUCCAUUUAUUUCACCAUCCCCCAGAAGGAAAGGGGGGGGGUAGAGCAUACUACUACUACUGUAGCUAUUAGCUAUUAAUAAAAUAGUAGUAGAAUACUGGUACACGCAGGGUCCCUCCCCCAACAUUUCCGCAUUAUUAUUGCAGUUUUGGACCCUCCAGAUCCACGCAUCUCGACAAAUCCGUGCACUUCGGUUUUGGUUGGUUUGGGUUGAUGCCAAGGUCCAAGAAGAGAGCAAGGAAGAUCUCCUAGCUAGAACGUAUUUUGCAGGUCUACCCUAUUCUAUCCGUUGGAAUGCCUAUUGGAGAAACAAGAGCGAGGUUGACUACGGGCAGUGCAGCCCUUCGAGGUCUUUGCUUCUAUUUGGCCGGCAAUUUUGUCUACGUCCAUUGGAUGGUAUUUCAAGAUUGGUCCAAGGAUAACGCUAGAUACAUACAAGAAGUGGAAGUCAAUCCUCCCGAGUUGGAAAGAAUAAACGCUGACCUGUUUGGAGUUUCUGACUUGGCUGGUUUUCCCAGUUCGAAUGAGAUUGAAAGUCUGCUGGAAGAUAUCAAAGUGAUUCCUCAACGGUCGCUCGAUGAUAAGGUCGUCACCGUGUUGGAGGAAUACAGUGCAUUUCUGUCCAACGCUACUACUAUAACCGAUGAUGACGACGAAGCUACGAUUCUCAGUGCUGGAAGUCAAGCGAUUGAACGACUGAAACUAGGAAAGUUACUACAAUCUGCUUCCUUGUCCAAAUUAUCCGGUAGCGAAUUGGAAAAUCUCUUCAAGUUUUCGCUGUCCGAGUUGCAAGGAAUGGUCAGGGACAAGAAGCGUAUCCAAUGGGACUCUGUCAGAAAUAUCCUCGUGGAUCCCGAAACUCCCUUUCCCGAAAAAGAAAUAGUUACCGCAGAAGAUCUCCAUGACUCUUUGUGUGUCCUGGAGGAGCUGCCAGAGUUGACUAUGGAAGCACUGGAUGAGGAGGACGACGACGAUACUGCUGUACUAGUGGACGAAGAAGAAGACGAAGAAGAAAACGACAACCCGCAAGAUGAUGACGAGGAAGAAGACGAAACAGCCGACCUACUUGCUCAAUACGCCCAGGAAGAAGACCUGGAAUCCAUGCUUUCCUCUACAGCGGCUUUGUUGGAGGACAGUCGAAAGGACCCCACAGAAAUGUGCCAAAACUUUUCAGAGGUUUCUUCCUCUGUCACCAAGGGCAAGAAACAAAUGGAAGAAGGAUUCACUGAAGCCAAUGGAAUCAUUGAGAAUGCCUCCCAAGAGGAGAAUGAAAGAACACUCGCUUUCAUUGACGAACUAGAACAAUCACCAAAUGCAUAUGAUGACGAGGAAGGAGGCUCUUCUUGCCCGGGGGAGACCAGUGACGACGACGUCCGUGAAUUGGUGGAAGCUGGUUUGAACGCUCUCAAACGUCAUGAAGACGUGCGACCUGCACUUUUGAACAUACUCAAGCAAGUGGAUCCGGAUGCGGCCGAAAACUUGAUUCUGGAUGCGGAUUUCCGUACCGAGGCGCCCUUGCCUACCAAGACUCCAGUAGACUUUCGACUGCGCGCAUUGGUGGAUUCUCCAUUGCUACGAAACUUUGCAACGUCGGUGGAUAAAUUGUUGGACAUUGUGAGCGGAUACUACGACCCACUAGAUCAAAAAAUCGACCAACUCACGGAACGGCUCGUCGUAGAAUCCCCGUGGUCGACGAACGAGGAAAAGAACCUGUCAUCGCUGGGAGGAGUCUUUGUGUCGACCGUUUGGGAAUGGAGCGGGCAAAUAGCCAUCCCCAUACCACAAGUGCUGCGAGCGUUCUUGGAAAAGAGGGAACGAGGGCGUGCGCUCCUGGCCUUUCUCUCCUAGCCAGAGCUACGGUGCGUGAUGUUGUUCUAGUAAUAACUCUAGCUUCCUGCUUCCUCGUCCUC